GUUUUGAUCUAAUUCGAUCGAGACACUAAACCCUUAAAAAAACUGUCGCCGCACAAACGCUGCCAAAACCCUUGUUGGAGCCUUCAAUCCGAUUUUGUUCAAUCCGUAACUGUAAAUUUACGUAGAAAUUUGUAGAAUCUAACUCUCGGAUUGAUGGGGAAGCUUGGGAAGAAAGCUCGUAAGUUUGCAAAGAAGAAUCUUCCGUCUGUGCUUAAACAACGGAGAAAAAACAAGAUCGUCUUCAAGAAACGACCCUCAAAAAAAGAUAAAAAUGAUGGUGCGGUAAAAGAAGUAGUGAAGGCAGCAGAGUUGUCUAAUGGAAGGAAUUCUGACAAAGAAGUCACCGUGACUACUUCUUUCGAUGCAUUAUUUUCCGAGGAUGACGAUACCAUGGUUCUAUAUGAUUCUGACAGUGACGGCUAUCUUUCAGAGGAUCCAAGCUGUGGAGAUCUGGUGGGAAAUGACGAUGAUGUUACUUUAGAAGAUGCCGAGCAUAAGCGGACUUUGUCUGUUAACAAUCAAAAAGUUUAUGAAGAACUUGCAGCACAGAAGAAAUUAUUGGAUAAAUUGAAGAAAAAAGACAAGAAGUUUGUUAAGUUUUUAGAAAGCUACAAUAAGGGAGAGAUAUCCGAAAAUCAGGAGAUGUAUUCUGAUGAAGAUGACGAUCAUAUGGAGUUAGAUGAUACAACGACAACUAAAUAUAAAGUAUUGACAUCUUCAGUUAUAGGCAAGUGGAGUAAACUAGUUACAGAAGGCCACAACGAGCCGGCUUUAAUAAAUCUAAUAAACGCAUAUCGAGCUGCGUGUCAUUUUGGUCCAGAAGAAACUGGCCCCACAAUUCAAGACAGUGAGACCUUCUGCAACGUAUAUACGUUCAUGCUAUCUGAAGCUGAUAAUAUAUUUAGGGUUUUGUUAAAGAUUCCUAUUAAUUGCAAAAAAGAGACGUUAUUGGAAUUGAAGAAUACCUCAAGAUGGAAAAAAGUUCAACCGAUGAUCAAGUCGUAUUUUAGGAGUACGUUGUUUCUUUUGAAGCAGGUCACUGAUUCGGAGAUUUUGGCUUUCUCGAUUACCCGUUUACGGGCAUCUAUUGUGUUUUUUGCCGCUUUUCCUUCUUUGCUAAACAGGCUUAUUCAGAUUAUAGUUCCGUUAUGGGCGACAGGUGGCGGGACCCUUUCUGUUAGCUCUUCGCUUAUAUUACAAGAUGUGGUGUCCGUAUGCGGCUCUAACCACUUCGACGCCUGCUUUAUUAAAACAUACAAAGCCUAUAUUUCUCGAUGCAGGAACAUCGAAACCGUCGACACAAAACAUAUCGAAUUCCUUCGUGAUUCCUUCAUCAACUUAUGCUCUCUCGAUUUGGAAAAAUCUUCUAAUAAGGCACUCGUCUCCAUACAACAGCUUACUAAUAUAUUGAAGCACGCGAGGCAACAGGAAAAUAAGGAAGCAAUUAAGAAAAUAUACAGCUGGCAGUACGUCCAGUGCAUUGAUAUAUGGGUUCUCUUUAUUUCAGCAAACGUAAACGAAUGUGACGUUCAGUCUUUGUUGUAUGCAAUGAUCCAGCUUAUAAAUGGAGUAGCUUGCUUAUUUCCGGGCCCCAAAUAUUUCCCGUUGAGGAUACGAUGCGUUCAGUGGUUAAACAAACUUUCGAGUUCUUGUGGAGUUUUUAUUCCGGUUGCUUCAUUAAUUUUGGAUAUGGUCGAGUAUAAAGUCAACAAGGAGGGUGGUAAAUCUAGAAAACGUGUUAAGUUGGCAUCAGAUUUAAAGCUACCUAAAUUUUGGUUGAAAUCACAAAACUUUGUGGAGCAAUGUGUAAAUUCAGCAAUUGAGCUGCUCGUAGUGCACUUCUUUCAGUGGAGCUACCACAUUUCGUUUCCCGAAUUAGCAGUCAUUCCGCUUAUCAGAUUAAAGAAGUUUUAUGAAAGAAGUACGGCUGAAAGUUUGAAACGUGUGGUGAAACGUCUUAUGGACAUGGUGGAACAGAAUGUUGAGUUUGCGCAGAAGAAAAGGGAUGAUGUGGCAUUUUCACCGAAAGACCAUGAGUCUGUUGAUCAAUUUUUGCAGUUUGAAAAAGGCACUUUGAAUACUCCAUUUACACAAUAUUAUAAAAGUGUUAUAGAAAAGUCUGCUUCGAAGACAUCCACAAGCCCGAAAGAACCAGAAAAAGUGAAGCGAAAGAAGACACAGAAUGCAGGAGGUGACGUGGAUGCCAAUAUUAAGGGAAAGAAAAGAAGAGUUGUGGAAACUUAGAAUUAUGAUAAGAACUCAUUUUUGUUUUAUUUAUGUUCUCUACUAUGUUAGCUCCUAUGUGUUUUACUUCUCGGAGAAUUCCGUUUUUGUAACUGUUUUGUAUUUUAUGCACCUGAAGUUUAUUUUUGAGACAUUAAUUCAAAAUAGAUUCACUUUUUAUUUCA